CUGUAUUCAGUGACUAACACACGUCGUGGACAUCAUCAUGGAAUUCGGCUACGGAGCUGAGGACGGACCUACCCACUGGAUCCUGACAUGCCCCAAUGCAGGGGGACACCACCAGUCUCCUAUCGACAUUGAAACUGAAUUGGUUAAAUUUGAUCACAAACUCCACGAACAUCACCUGCACAUUGACUUCGAGAAGGAGCAUCACCCCGAAGUAAAGAACAAUGGACACUCCUUUGAAGUGGAAAUAGAGGAACAUUCGACUUUGACUGGUGGAAUCCUCGAGAAAGAAGAAUACCAUUUGAAGCAGUUCCACUUCCACUGGGGAGUCACCGACCACACCGGGUCAGAACAUACGGUCGAUGGGAAACAUCAUGCCGCAGAGCUUCAUUUCGUGACCUAUGACUCCAAGAAAUACGGAACAUUUAAGGAGGCUGUUUCCAAGAAGGACGGCCUGGCGGUGCUUGCUGUUUUCAUCGAGGAAGGAAAACACGAACAUAAAGAAUUCGAAAAACUGUGCCAACUGAUGUCGAAAGUCGAGAAAGCGCACACCAGCACUCAUAUGAAGCAUGGUUUUCAUCCAUCUAAACUGCUGCCAUCUGAUACAACAAAGUACUAUACCUACCCUGGAUCUCUGACCACGCCCCCUUUGUCGGAAAGUGUCACGUGGAUAGUAAUGGCAGAACCCAUUCACGUGUCUGAGCACCAGCUGAAGAGUCUGAGACAUCUGAAAGAUGCAGAUGGCGGCCACCUUGAAAACAACUUCCGGCCCACCAUGCCUCUUGGAGACAGGGUUGUGAAAGCGUCAUUCAAAUGAUGCGGUGAAUGGAUCGAGAUGGACAUCGGAUCGGACCUGUAGUUUAUCUACAUGUACACUAGUUUACUCUAUUCACUUCAAGUUUUUAAUAUAAUAUUGUCAACCCUAUACCAUAGCUAGAAUAAACAGCAGAAACUGCACCAGCACUUGUAUCUGUGAGAGUUGAAUGUAGGCGUUGCUACUCGGAUAAACAACAUUCACCCAGAUUCCAAUACAUUUGUUGCUAGCAUAGAUGAAAGCUGGUCCCAUAUUUACAGAUAAAUACAACUUUAGUGUCUACUAAAAGCACACGAGGAAGCUGUUUUGAAAUGUUUACUAUAUUAUAUGUUUAUUAGAAUAAUGCAUUGUGGUGCUGUAAAGCCAUACGAAUUAUGUCCAAAAUAUUACAAAGAGAAAAUGAAUACUCUAAAUUAUCCCAAUCUUAUCCUUCCAUUCAAUGACCCCUGACUUGGGUGCUGCUUCAGACGAUGUAUUGCAACAUGCACAAUUAGAAAGUUAAAUAAAGACGUCUACAAAAAAAC